AUCCCACAUCUGUGUUCUCGUUGGCCAUUAUUUGUAUUUUGAUAGUACUGAGAAACCUACUGGGAUUCCUUCACGCUAAGUACUGUACAGACUUAAAAUGAAGCAGCUGGUUCCUGUUCCUAUGAGAUGACACUUCUUACCUUACUAUGUAUAAUCUGUCAAACAAAGAAGUUUUGAUGACUCUUACUAUCUUGGAGGAAUUAUUUCUUUCUCUGCUCAGCUUGAAAGGAGAUGAAAGUACUGCUUGUGAUUUGUUUGUGAAUUUAUUCCAAGUUUUGGCAGAAAUGGGUAAUGAAUGAUAUAUAUUGUUAAGAAACAAUGUAUAAGUUAGUUAAACAUCAGCAAUACCAGUUAGUGUUUGUCUGUCAUGCUUUUUGGGCACUCAGAGGGUGUACACACAAAUGAUUUGGGUCUAUAUCACAACUUUGAGCAAAGUCCCAGUGGAGAGUGGAUUUACACACAAGACUCAAGUGGCAGUCAUUUUUGUGCCUGGUGGAGGGUCCCUGUUCCCCUUGGCCCAGUAGGUAAAACCCACCCAUUGUGUUGUGCCAAACUACACAAAUGAUGGCAACAAAGUGGUGAUCCCUAGUUUUAGGUCUGUCAUCUGGAAACUCUGAGUAGUUGUGGGCUUUUUUAGUGUGUGUUUAAGAUUCAUAUGAAUAUUGUAUUUUCCAGCUAAACCAGGUCUUACCAUAGAAAACAACUUUACUCUGAAAGCUCUUGCCAUCAAGUAAUUGGAAGAAAAAUGUCAUUUUGUAAAGGUCACAGUAUCAAGUGUCUUGUUUUAAUGGAGAAUUCUUUGACUGUUUUUCUCCAAACAUAAUUUUUGCUGUAAAACCACAUAAGAGACAAAAGAUAAUAUGAAAUCAGAAAAAGGUAAGCACUGGACUCUCAUUGUCUGAAGAUGCUUGUUUCAAAAAAAAAAAAGACGGUGGUCUCUGAAAAAUUAUCUAAGAAGUUAUGGGAAAAUCAUGUUCUCUCUCAAAGCUGGAAUUCAAAAGUUGAGCAAAGUUUGUGGACAAAUUACUCACUACAUCUUAUCUGCUUAGACAACGUUCUUGAAUACAGGCAAGGUCAUAUUCUUAAAUACAGGCAAGGUCGUGUGUUACAAUUAAUCUCAUGAAAGUUACGAACGUUGAGAAAAUAUUUGCAGUGUUUCUGAUUGUGUAUGGGAAACAGUGCUUAUUGUGCCCCUGCCUUGUAUAAAAGGCUCAAGGCUGCCUGCAGAAGUCCUCCUUCGACCAUGGCAAGCAUGAGGAGCCCGUGUUUCUUGGCCAUUGUACUCGCAGCCCUAGGCGGGUGCCUUGGCUCCAGCCAGGAUGCGCAGUGCCCUGGGGCCGUUGCAGUGCAGAAGCGCAUCGACUGCCACCCCCAGCCGGGCGCGUCCCAGGAGGCCUGUGAGGCGCGGGGCUGCACCUGGUGCAGCACCGAUGUGCCCAACGCUCCCUGGUGCUUCUUCCCUGAGGACAGUCCCUACGGCUACUCCCGGGCUGGGAACAUCGAGAAGACAGACAAAGGCUGGAGGGUCACACUGAACAAACGCCAGUCCUUGUCCCUGUUUGGAAAUGACAUUUCCCCGAUCGUCUUGGAAGCGGAGUUCCAGACAAAGGACAGACUCCGGUUCAGGCUCUAUGACCCCAACAAGCAGAGGUUUGAAGUCCCGCUCAAGAUCGAUGGUCCCGGGGUUACCGCCGAGGAAGCCACCUAUGAGGUGGAAUUCUCGGAGGACUCCACACACUUCACAGUCAAGAGGAAAAGCACUGGCACCGUGCUGUGGGACAGUCCCCUGGUCGAUCUGUUUUUCUCCAACCAGUUCCUUCAGAUCACCACUACUGUGCCAUCCACUUCUGUGUAUGGAUUUGGUGAACAUGAGCACCCGACCUUCAAACACAACAUGGACUUCAGUACCUAUGGCAUGUACGCCAGGGAUCAGGCACCAACGUCAUUUGCCAACCUCUAUGGAGUUCACCCUUUCUACAUGUGUGUAGAACCUGACUCCAAUGCCCACGGUGUUCUCCUUCUGAACUCCAAUGCGCAAGAUGUUACUCUGUCUCCAAACCCAUCUUUGACUUUCCGCACUAUUGGGGGGAUCUUCGACUUCUAUCUCUUCCUGGGACCGACCCCCGAAAAUGUCAUUCAGCAAUACACUGAGGCCAUUGGACGCCCUCACAUGCCAGCCUACUGGUCUCUGGGAUUUCAGCUCUCCCGCUGGGGCUAUGGCAGCCUUGAUGUUUUAAAGCAAACUGUCGAUCGCAUGCACCGCUAUGAUAUCCCGUAUGAUGUCCAACAUCUUGAUAUUGACUACAUGGAACGUCGCCUGGACUUUACCUAUGAUAAAGUGAAUUUUGCUGGUCUGCCAGAGUACAUCCAGGAGCUGAAGAAGAAAGGAAUGCACAGUAUUGUGAUUCUGGACCCUUUCAUAACCAAGGAUGAGGAACCAGGCACUUACAAACCUUAUGAUCUUGGCCAGGAAAUGGGAGUCUGGGUGAACAACUCUGAUGGUGUAACUCCUGCUGUUGGGCAGGCCUGGCCUCCAGGAGAUUCCGUGUUUCCUGACUACACCAACCCCAGGACAGUGGAGUGGUGGACCCAGCUGUGUCUGGAGUUUAAGGAUGUCCUUGACUACGAUGGGAUCUGGAUUGAUAUGAAUGAACCAUCCAAUUUCUUAAGAGGCCAAUAUCCUGGAUGUGCUGAUAAUGAAAUCAAUAACCCUCCUUACAUUCCUAGCAUUUCAGAUCGCUCUCUGUCUCAAAAGACAUUGUGUCCUGACUCCAAGACUUACCUCGGAGAGCAUUAUAACACACACUCUCUCUUUGGCUGGUCACAGACAGAACCAACUUUCAAUGUUGUCCAGCAGGCAACUGGAAAGCGAGCAUUUGUCUUGAGUCGGUCUACAUUUGUUGGCAGUGGGAAGCAUGGGGCUCACUGGCUGGGUGACAACUUCUCUCAGUGGAAGGACCUGCGCCGGUCAAUCAUUGGAAUCCUGGAAUUCAACCUCUUCGGCAUUCCCUAUAUUGGUGCUGAUAUCUGUGGGUUUAACUAUAACACUACCUAUGAACUCUGCCUGCGCUGGAUGCAGCUUGGCUCUUUCUACCCAUUUUCCAGAAAUCACAAUUCAGAGGGAAACAGCGAACAAGACCCAGCGGUGUUCGGAGACGAGUUUGCCAGGAUAUCUCGUGCUACCCUUCGGAUCAGAUACUCACUGCUGCCAUACUUGUACACCUUGUUCUACGAGUCUCACGUGCACGGAAACACAGUGGUGCGGUCACUGAUGCACGAAUUUACCUCUGAUCAGCAGACUCAUGAAAUAGAUACUGCCUUCCUUUGGGGACCUGCCUUUAUGAUUGCUCCUGUUCUUGAUGAGGGAGCAAGAUCUGUGGAUGUAUACUUCCCUGAUGCAGAAUGGUUUGACUACUAUACCGGUCUUAAAGUGCCAAGUGCCUGGAAGAAAAACUAUUCUACUGUGUCUGCUCCACUGAGCAAGAUCCCUCUGUUCAUCCGUGGAGGGUACAUUCUGCCAGAACAGGCACCAGCCACAACCACCACAAAGAGCCGUCUGAACCCAUUUGGACUCAUUAUUGCCCUGGAUGAACAAGGAGAAGCUUCUGGGUCUCUUUUCUGGGAUGAUGGUGAUUCCAUCGAUACCAUUGAAAACGAGAACUACUUCUUGGCUAAAUAUACAUUCAGCAAAGGAAACCUGAAGACAGAAAUACUGAAAAAUGGCUACCGAGGAGCUGACACUCUGAAGUACAAUAAAAUUACAAUUCUUGGCCUGAAAUUGAGACCUCAAGCUGUUACUCUGAAUGGAAGAUCUAUCCAUGGAGAUGCUUUCUCUUUUGAGAUGAGUGGGAAACUGACUCUGCGGAUUUCUGCUCCACUUACUCAGGAACUGAACAUUAAGUUUUACUAGAAUGGUCAGAACACACAGAGUCAACUUGUGUUGAGCAUCCUUGCCCCUCAGAUAUUGGUCUCACUUUGAUUUUAAUGUAAAAAGUCCAUUUAGUCAUUAAAACAUUGCUUAUGGACCUGAUAA